GAUGCUAAAAAGGUAUAAUCUUCAUGAAAAGCACAAUUAUAAUGAGUAGAGGUACGGGAGAGGAUUGAUGCUCUCACUGGGUAGAACUGGCGAUGUCAAGAUUAUCUUGCGUGGUGACGACUUCUUGUUGAAAGUAAGAGGGAACGAUAAUGAGAUGAUUGCUCCGUUUGAUCAGAGCAUGAAUCCUAUAAAGCAAACUCGCUACUUAUUUUCUCGAGAAGGUUUCUUGCUCGCUUUUGGGGGAUGAUGCAUUUUUGUUCAUUCUGACGAUAUCAUGGCAG